AUGUCAAGCUUCACCCUCCCCAAUUCCUCGCCGGAGUGCACAGUGAACCUUACAAAAGACCUCUCCAAGGACCAGCUCCUAGGCUUCAAGCCGUUUACGGACUGGAUAUCAACCCUGCAGCACUCCCUGUCUCUGCAGCAGAACGAAGACCACACCUUCAAUUCCUCCCCCUACAAGCUCCGCAGCAUCAACAUUCAGUCCGUCGACUUCUUCGGCGGUGGUGACAAGAUCGGCUUCAUCAAGUUGAAAGCCGAUGUCUCCAAUGAUGACUCCGAAAAGCUUCCCGGCUCCGUCUUCUUACGUGGCGGCAGCGUCGGCAUGAUGAUUGUCCUCCAACCCGACGACGUCCCCGAGAACACCGAAACCGACAAACACGUCCUCCUGACCCUGCAGCCCCGCAUCCCCGCAGGCUCCCUCUCCCUCGCCGAGCUCCCCGCCGGCAUGCUCAGCGACCAAGGCUCCUUCGCCGGUGGCGCCGCAAACGAGAUCCGCGAAGAGACCGGGCUCGAAGUCUCCGAAGACUCGCUGGUCAACAUGUCCGAGCUGGCCCUACCACCGACAGGAGACAGCACGGGCGAGAAACUGCAACGGGCUACGUAUCCCAGCGCUGGGGGGAGCGAUGAGUUUAUCCCGAUUUUCCUGCACCAGAGACGCGUGAAGAGGGACACGCUGAAGGAGUGGCAGGGAAAGCUGACGGGGUUGAGGGAUCAUGGAGAGAAGAUUACGCUGAAGCUUGUGCGGCUGGAGGAGCUGUGGCGCGAGGGUGGCAGAGACGCCAAGGCGCUGGUGGGGUGGGCGUUGUACGAGGGGUUGAGGAGGGAGGGCAAGAUAUAA